ACCAUUCUAAUACUUUUCUUUGUAACUUUCGUGGCACACGUAGGUCCUGGUCCUGCUCCAACAAUAGUUUAGAGAUAAGAGUGAAUUAAUCAUGUCAUGUCCCUCCUGGUCAGGGUGAUGUUGCUGACGUGAUGCAACCAGAGGGGGGCGAGAGGAUCAUCCAGAAAGGAGGUGAUGUCCCGAACCGAUGCUGCCUGUACAAGCAGCCGGAUUAUCGCUGUGCAGACCACAAAUGGACAUUCGUCUGGCCGUAAUUUACAUGUCAAAUUGGGAUGAUUAGGGAAACCAAAGACUGAGCUGUAAAUGCGUCUGCACCAGAGAGCUCAGCAUGAAGAAGUCUGCUCGGCCAGCGGCGAGUAAGGUCAGCGGAGAUCGAGGGAAGUCUGAAGCUGCUGCCCCCGCCGGCACCGGGAAGUCUGCAGCCAAAGGCGUCGCUGCUGCUCCUCUGCCCAAGGUGAAAAGCAGCGAUGAUCUUUUAGCAGCUAUGGCUGGGGGGAAUCCUGCAUCCAGCAGUACUGCCACUAAGACCAGGAAGGCUGCCUCUACUGGAAAUGCCGGAAACCUGGAAAGCAAGCCAAAGACGACUUCAGGUUCUGUGUCGAAGCGAACAACAACAACGAAUUCCAAGGAGCCAAAUUCAUCUCGAGACCGCCUUCGAACAUCAAGGACUUCAGCUGCUAAGAAGCAGCUGGCGUCGGGGGCAGGAGCAGCAGACGCCGCCUCUGGAAAACGCUCCCGGAGUCAGAUCCACGUGGUGGAGUCAGAGAGCCGGAUGUGCAAGUCUAAGUCAGACGGUCAGAUCAGCGAUAAGGUGGCCCUGGAAGCCAAAGUCAAAGACCUGCUCGGUCUGGCUAAGAGUAAAGAUGUGGAGAUCCUCCAUCUCCGCAGCGAGCUGAGGGACAUGCGGGCCCAGCUGGGCCUCGGGGGUAAACACCCCCCUGCGCAGGAAGAAGCCGGAGAGGAAGAGAAGCCCCAGGUUUCAGCCAUCACAGCUGCGGACGUGGAGUCCACUUUGAUUCUCUUACAAGAGCAGAACCAGGCUAUCAGAGAGGAGCUGAACUUGCUCAAGAGCGAGAACCGCAUGCUGAAAGACCGGCUCAACGCCUUGGGCUUCUCCCUGGAGCAGAGGCUGGAUGGCUCAGACAAACUUUUCAGCUACUCCUCCCUGAGUCCAGACCUGGUAGCCAGCAGCGCACACAGCGACGGUGGCUGCACAGGUACGCUGACUUCGUCCGUGGAAGGCUCCGCCCCCGGCUCUUUGGAGGAUCUGCUCACAGGACAGCAGCAUGGAGGCUCCGCAGACAACCUCGACAGUGAAUCCAGUGAGGUCUACCAGGCGGUCACCUCCAGCGACGAUGCUCUGGAUGCACCCUCUGGAGCUUCCUCGUCAUCAGAGUCCGAGUGUGCUCAGAGCGCCGAGCGGUCCAGGAGGGGCAGCAGUGGCAAUGCCAGCGAGGUGUCGGUAGCAUGUCUGACUGAACGCAUCCACCAGAUGGAGGAGAACCAGCACAGCACGUCUGAGGAGCUCCAGGCCACUUUACAGGAGCUGGCUGACCUGCAGCAAAUCACCCAGGAGCUGAAUGGAGAGAACGAGCGGCUCGGAGAAGAGAAGGUCAUCCUCAUGGACUCUUUGUGUCAGCAGAGUGACAAGUUGGAGCUCUAUGGUCGACAGAUCGAAUACCUGCGCUCUCUUCUGGAUGAACAUCAUAUAUCUUACGUGUUGGAGGAGGAUAUCAAGAGUGGUCGCUACUUGGAACUGGAGCAGCGCUACGCAGACCUGGCAGACAAUGCCCGCUUUGAGAGAGAGCAGCUGUUGGGAGUACAACAGCACCUGUCCAACACGCUGAAGAUGGCUGAGCAGGACAACGCUGAGGCCCAGGACAUGAUCAGAGCCCUGAAGGAGAGGAACCACCAGAUGGAGCGCAUUCUAGAGUCGGAGAGGCAGGAUCGAGCGGCCUUGGCGGCGGCGCUAGAGGAGUACAAGGCGGCCAUGAGCAAUGACCAGGCAGAGCUGAGCCGCUGUAGAGCCCAGCUGGAGCAGGAGAGGCAGCGGGUGGCCGAGUUGUACUCCCUCCACACGGCAGGGGACAAGAAUGACAUCUGCCAGCUGCUGGAGGGGGUACGUCUGGGCAAAGAGGAGGCUGAAGCCAAGGCUGCAGCGAUGCAAGAGCAGCUGGAACAAGCACAUGUAGAACUCAACCAGCUGCAGGAGACUUUCAGCAAGCUGGACAGAGAGUACAGAGACUUCCAGGAGCAGGUGCAGCAGCAGAUGGCUGAGCAGGAUCGCGCUCUGGAGAAACAGCGUGUGGAGCUGCAGGAGAAAGACACAGAGAUCGCCGACAUGAAGGAAACCAUCUUUGAGCUGGAGGAUGAAGUAGAGCAGCACCGAGCUCUUAAACUCCACGACAACCUCAUCAUCUCAGACCUGGAGAAUUCUGUAAAAAAGCUACAAGAUCAGAAACACGACAUGGAGAAGGAAAUUAAGACGCUUCAUCGCAGGCUGAGGGAGGAGUCGAUGGAGUGGCGCCAGUUCCAGGCCGAUCUACAGACGGCCGUGGUCAUUGCGAACGACAUCAAAUCGGAAGCACAGGAGGAAAUUGGAGAUCUGCGGCGUCGUCUGCAGGAAGCUCAGGAGAAGACAGAGAAACUGAGCAAGGAGCUGGACGAGGUCAAGAGCCGCAAGCAGGAGGAGGAGAGAGGAAGGGUGUACAACUACAUGAAUGCAGUGGAGAGAGACCUGGCAGCUCUCAGACAGGGUAUGGGUCUGAGCCGGCGCUCCUCCACCUCCUCAGAGCCCUCCCCCACCGUCAAAACGCUCAUCAAAAGCUUCGACAGUGCCUCACAAGGUCCGCCCACCAAUGGAGCCUCUGUGGCCCCAACAGUCUCCGCCCCCCCGUUACCCAGAACCCCCCUGAGCCCCAGUCCCAUGAAGACGCCCCCAGCAGCAGCUGUUUCUCCCAUACAGAGACACUCCAUCCCGGGGUCUCUACCCACCAACAAACCGCUCUCCUCCCUGAGUGAUAAGAGGCCCAGCUACACGGACAUGAGCAUGCCAGCUGAACACCUUCUCAGGGGAACCUCAUGCAGCCGGCCCCCUCCUGCCCUCCAGAGGGUCUCCAACAUGGACUCCACUAAGGCCAUUUCAGGUCAGACACCUUCUGAAGCUCGGUAUGGAUCAGUUGGGAAUCGGUUGAGUCAUGAGUCUGCCCUUCUGUCCCCAGCAGUGUCACGCAGGAGCGGUGAGGACAUCAAGAGGGACAUGUCAGCUCCUGAUGGAGCUUCCUCCUCCUCCCUGAUGGCUAUGAGUGCAGUUUCCUCCCCACUCUCCCUAACGUCUUCCUCCCCCACCGCCUCCAUCACCCCUACAACACGCAGUCGCCUCAGAGAAGAGAGGAAGGACCCUCUAUCAGCGCUGGCCAGGGAGUAUGGAGGCUCCAAGAGGAACGCUCUGCUGAAGUGGUGCCAGAAGAAGACUGAGGGCUACCCGAACAUCGAUAUCACGAACUUCAGCAGCAGCUGGAACGACGGCCUUGCCUUCUGUGCUUUGCUCCACACCUACCUGCCUGCUCACAUCCCGUACCAGGAGCUCACCGGACAAGACAAGAGGAGGAACUUCACCUUGGCUUUCCAGGCUGCAGAAAGCGUCGGCAUCAAAUGUACUUUGGACAUUAAUGAGAUGGUCCACAUGGAGCGGCCGGACUGGCAAAGCGUCAUGACGUACGUCACAGCCAUCUACAAGUACUUUGAGACCUGACUUUCACCGGCUUACCCACAAUGCACCUGUAGCACAGUCAGAGCCACAUCAGCCUUCCUGAGCUCCCAGCAGCUCUGCCUCCCCCCGUGGUCACGUUAAACCUCACCGAUCUCAUUCCACAGCAGUCGUCGUGCUCGUCUGCGCCUCACACACACACAGCGUGGGAGCGUCUGCAUGUUUACUGGUGAAUGAGCACGCCACGAGGAGCGACGCUAACGAGGAGGAGGAGCUGAAAGCAACCAAGUCUGAGUGCCUUUGUCCUAAAUGUCUCGUCCUGUCUCCAGGACGUUGGGUCUGUCUUCCACAACCAGGUUAUUCUGAGAGGAAGUGGAAUAUUUUCUCCGUUCAUUUUGAUGAUGGGUGGAUUUUUAUCCAAAUGUGUUACCGAUGUGGGAAGUCCCCUCGACUUAAAAGCCCCUCCCUUUGGAAAGACGCUGCCAGUCUUCUGGACGUCUCUGUGUGAAUGCCUUUCAAAGGACCAAGUGCCUGUGUGAGUUCUGAUGCAGGAAACCAGGAAACGAGCUGCGAGGAAACAGUUUGUAAAGCUGACCGUUCAACAAGUUGCCAAAUAUGCUUCAGAGACGUUUCUAUUUUAUGUUUUUUAACUUUUAUUUCCAGGAUGAAACGGAUGUGUUUGAAGCACAAAAGCACCAUUUCAGCACCACUAACUCAGUGGAGUCAGACUCGUGUGAGCUCUGCAGGCUUCAGUUAGAACGUUUGGCACAUAGAACACACGGCAUCACCAUGAGGUAGUUCAGUUCCAGCUUUUUCCAUCAGAAACAUCUCACCCAUGCACAUAUCUGUUUCAGGAACGAUUUUAGAAGGUGUGUUGGAGGGCCAGCGCCGUUUAACUGGUGGUGCAUGCUGGGAGAACGGAGCCCAGAAGAGCUGGCCCAGGGUUUUUUAGCAUCAGCUCUGACUUCAUAAAGUCUUUUAUGCAGAUCAAAAUACGAAAGCAGACAGACUGAUGUUCACCUCUAGUGGAAACGGGCCAGUCCUCCAUCUUUAACAUCCUAACAUGAGUGUGGUGAUGCCAUGCGACUCAAUGUCAAGCUCUCUAAACCAUCAGAACCGACGUCUGAACGAAUCAUUCUGUCACUGAUUUAUUCAACUUUUGGGUCCUUUCUGUUUGACUGGUCCUUGUUAGACCAGGGAUACUUGCACUGGUCUGAAACCAGUCUCCACCAUUGCCCUCUAACUGCUGUGUGUGCUAAAUGUGCCUCGACAUUACCAUUCUCUAUUUAUUUGCAUUGUUUCUUGAAUGACCUGCGUUGUGUGCGUGUCUGAACCGAUUGCACGCCCAGUAAGUAGCUGCACUGAGAUAAGCUCGUUUAUAUCACUCAUUCCUUGCCUUAAGAGUCCAGCCGAGGCUUCUGCUACUGAAAAUGUGACGUUUUGAACUCUGCUUUCCUGCCCAGGCACGUGUCUCAGUGGGACGGCCUCGCCUCUGCCUGUGCCUCCUUAGAAACACUAUUAGUGAUGAUUGUGACACCGCUAGGGUCUGGGUCCACGUGGAGGCUCAGCUGUACGCUGUCUGUAGUGUAGGUUUGGCACAAGACUCUGGAAAAAAAACAGCCUGGGUGUUAUUUAGUGUUGGUGUUUUACUCUGAAGCUGAUCCUGGGUCAGUUGGGCCCGGCAGUGAUGUAGAAACAAGCUACAUUAUGGGUAAAUGCCGCUCAUCAUGCUACAUUUAUUAUUAUUAUUGUUUACUUGAAGCUAAAAUAUCCACUAAAACUGCUUUAAUUUGGCUUAUUUUUUUGUUGCCUUUAGUUUUACAAAACCACUUUUGCUGUUUGAUUAUUUUUCUUUUUAGUAUCACUGAUUAAUAAUGACAAUUAAGACUGAGUGUAUUUAAAGGAACCGAUCUGCAGUAUUAGAGAUGCAUCCUGAUAAUCAGCUGAAGUGGACUUCAAUAAAAACAUGAACACACGA